UUUUGACAUAUGAUUUACAUUUGUUUCAAGUCUUCCUCUAUUGUUUUAAAAUGUAGUCUGCCUUCAUGCAUGGCAAGUGCCACAUUUUUUAGAAUAGCUAGCUAACUUAGUUGGUCUAAUAAUUAUCUCUAAAUCGCAUAAACCUAACCAGUUGAACGAGGUAGCUAGCUAAUCCUGUUGAAUUCAUUUGUCAACAAACGCACCCACGGUCAUCUGCAGCACUGUGGCUAGCACACUCACGUAGCUACUACACUGUGGAUGGUUAACUAUCUAGUAGGCGAACAAUUGUACUUUUAAUGAAUGACUGUGCGUUUAUUUAGUUACUAACGCUAGCUAGCUACCUAUUUGCAAUGUACCAGCUAGCUGAUUAAUUGUGUUUUCAUUAUUGUGUGAGAACUGGAGAGCACACGCCGCCGGAAGAGAUGAAGUGAUUGAUAAUCCCGCCUGUAAUCCAUUCCUGUCCUAGUGCCUUGUCUCUUCUGCAUUUAACGUUAUGACCAAAGAUCAGUCUGGACCAAACUACAAGCCAGUCUCGCUAGCCGCCUACCGAAGAGACAUUUCCUGGACGAUUGAUGAUUUGUGAUGAUGACCACUCAUAAAGCUGCGUUGUGCAAGGUCCAGAUUUUAAAGUUAUUUCUGACUUCGGCAAGGUGCGGGAGGAUCACACGAUUCCAUGGUGUGUGUGGACUUUCCACCUCCACACCUGCCUCCAGUGCCAAGGUGUGCAUAGUUGGAGGUGGCCCAGCUGGCUUCUACACUGCACAACACCUAGUCAAGACUCGGACAGAUGUUCAGGUGGACAUCUACGAGCGUUUACCGGUCCCCUUCGGGCUGGUCAGAUUUGGGGUGGCCCCCGACCAUCCAGAGGUCAAGAACGUCAUCAACACCUUCACCCAAACGGCCCAGCAUGCCAGGUGUAGUUUCCAUGGCAAUGUGAGAGUGGGGAAGGACGUCACUGUGGAGGAACUUCAAGAAGCCUACCACGCUGUGGUGCUGAGCUAUGGAGCGGAGGGGAACAGGACAAUGGGUGUACCAGGGGAGGACUUGGCUGGGGUGUACUCUGCCAAAGACUUUGUCGGCUGGUACAAUGGGCUGCCUAGAAACAGUGAGCUUAGGCCGGAUCUGAGCUGUGAGACGGCUGUCAUUCUGGGGCAGGGUAACGUGGCACUAGAUGUUGCGAGGAUACUGCUAUCUCCUGUAGAUAUUCUGAAGAAGACUGAUAUCACCCAGCAUGCACUAGAUGCCCUGGCAGAGAGCGGUGUCCGCAGGGUGCUCAUUGUGGGGCGCAGGGGACCCCUACAGGUGGCCUGCACUAUUAAGGAGCUGAGAGAGAUGGUGAACCUGCCUGGCACCAGACCAGAGAUGGAGGCGUCUGAGUUUGAGGGCAUAGCAGAAACUCUUAAAUCGCUGGCCAGGCCCAGGAAGCGUCUGACCGAGCUGCUGCUGAAGGCUGCAAUAGAGACUCCAGGGGAGGAGGAGUUGGAGAGACGGAACAGGGCAGAGCGGGCCUGGGGAUUCCGCUUCCUCCGGAAGCCCCUGGAGGUCCUCCCCUCCACCGACCUCAUCAGGGCCGCAGGGAUACGAUUGGCUGUCAACCGGCUGGAGGGCGACGGUGAGGGGGUGAGGGCAGUGGCCACCGGUGAGGUGGAAGAUGUGGAGUGCGGCCUAGUCAUCAGCAGCAUCGGCUACAAGAGCCUUCUCAUCGACCCCGCCGUCCCAUUCGACGCCCGAAAAGCCAUCAUCCCCAACACUAUGGGCCGCGUGCAGCAGACUGCAGGUCUGUACUGCAGUGGCUGGGUGAAGAGGGGUCCCACGGGGGUGAUAGCCACCACCAUGAACGACAGCUUUGACACAGCCAGGACUCUGCUACAGGACAUUGGCAAUGGAACACUGGAUGUAUCCACCGUCAAGCCUGGCUCACAGGGAGUCUACGCCCUCCUGGAGAAAAGAGCUAAUUACCUGCAAUUAUACACAUAGAUGAUGUGAGCAAGACCUCUAAACAGGUCAACGUUCACAAGGCCGCGGGGCCAGACGGAUUACCAAGAUGUGUACUCCAAGCAUACGUGGACCAACUGGCAAGUGUCUUCACUGACAUGUUCAAACUCUCCCUACAUACAUGUUUCAAGCAGACCACCAUAGUCCCUGUGAAGAAAGCGAAGGUAACCUGCCUAAAUGAUUACCGUUGGUAGCCAUGAAGUGCUUUGAAAGGCUGGUCAUGGCUCACAUCAACAACAACAUCCCAGAUACCCUAGACACACUCCAAUUAGCAUAAUGCCCCAACAUAUCCACAGAUGAAGCUCAAUCACACGCCACUCUGCUCUUUCCCACCUGGACAAAAGGAACACCUCUGUGAGAAUGCUGUUCAUUAACCUCUUGAAACUAGAGGGCACUAUUUUCAUUUUUGGAAAAAUAACGUUCCCAAAGUAAACAGGCUAUUUUUCAGGACCAGAUAAUAGAAAAUGCAUAUAAUUGACAGCUUAGGAUAGAAAACACUAAAGUUUCCAAAACUGUAAAAAUAUUGUCUGUGAGUAUAACAGAACUGAUUAUGCAGGCGAAAGCCUGAGUAAAAUCCAAUCAGGAAGUGACUCUUAUUUAGAAACCUCUGCGUUCCUAUGUGUCCCUAUUGAGCAGUGAAAGGGAUAUCAACCAGAUUUCUUUUUCUAUGGCUUCCCUACUGUGUCUAGUGUCAUAAGACAUCGUUUCAGGCUUUUAUUUUGAAAAAUGAGCGUGAGCAACAACAUUGCGUCAGUGGUCAGCUGGUGGCUCAGUGAUGUGUGCGUAAUAGACAAAUGUUUCUCUCGCUCCUACUAAGAAGCCAACUGACCCGGUUGAUAUAUUAUCGAAUAGAUAUUUGAAAAACACAUUGAGGAUUGAUUAUAAAAAAACGUUUGCCAUGUUUCUGUCGAUAUUAUGAAUCUAAUCUGGAAUAUUUUUCGGUGUUGUCGUGUCCGCAAUUUCCGGUCGAUUUCUCAGCCAAACGUGAAGAACAAACGGAGCUAUUUCGCCUACAAAAAUAAUCUUUAUGGAAAAAAGGAACAUUUGCUAUCUAACUGGGAGUCUCGUGAGUGAAAACAUCCGAAGCUCAAAGGUAAACAAUUUAAUUUGAUUGCUUUUCUGAUUUUCGUGACCAAGCUGCCUGCUGCUAGCUAGGCAUAAUGCUAUGCUAGGCUAUCGAUAAACUUACACAAAUGCUUGUCUUGCUUUGGCUGUAAAGCAUAAUUCUCCCGGAGCACAAUUCUCCCGGAUCCGGGAGCGGUAGUUCCAAGAGGUUUCAACUAUACCUCAGCGUUCAGCACAAUAGUGCCCACAAAGCUAAGGACCCUGGGACUAAACACCUCCCUAUGCAAUUGGAUCCUAAACUUCCUGACAGGUUGUCCCCAGGUGGUAAGGGUAGGCAACCACACAUCUGCCACUGUGAUCCUCAACACUGGGGCCCCUCAGGGGUGCGUGCUCAGUCCCCUUCUGUGUACUCCCUGUUCACCCACGACUGCGUGGCCAAGCACGACUCCAACACCAUCAUUAAGUUUGCUGACAACAACGGUGCAAGGCCUGAUCACCGACAAUGAUGAGACAGCCUGUACGGAGGAGGUCAGAGACCUGGCAGUGUGGUGCCAGGAAAACACCCUCUCCCUCAACGUGAGUAAGACAAAGGAGAUGAUCAUGGACUACAGGAAAAGAAGGACUGAACACGCCCCCAUUCACAUCGACGCAGGUGUAGUGGAGCAGGUCGAGAGUUUCAAGUUCCUUGGUGUCCACAUCACCGACGAACUAUCAUGGUCCAUACACUUCAAGAAAUUCAUGAACAGGGCACGACAAUGCCUUUUCCCCCUCAGGAGACUGAAAAGAUUUGGCAUGGGUCCCCAGAUCCUCAAAGUUCCACAGCUGCACCAUCGAGAGCAUCCUGACCGUUUGCAUCACCACCUGGUAUGGCAACUGCUCUGCAUCUGACCAUAAAGUGCUACAGAGGGUAGUGUGUACGGCCCAGUACAUCACUGGGUCCAAGCUUCCUGCCAUCCAGGACCUAAAGUUGAAGUUGGAAGUUUACAUACCCCUUAGCCAAAUACAUUUAAACUUAGUUUUUCACAAUUCUUGACAUUUAAUCCUAGUAAAAAUUCCCUGUCUUAGGUUAGUUAGGAUGACCACUUUAUUUUAAGAAUGUGAAAUGUCAGAAUAAUUGUAGAGAGAAUGAUUUCUUUCAGCUUUUAUUUCUUUCAUCACAUUCCCAGUGGGUCAGAAGUUUACAUACACUCAAUUAGUAUUUGGUAGCAUUGCCUUUAAAUUGUUUAACUUGGGUCAAAUGUUUUGGGUAGCCGUCUUCAAGCUUCCCACAAUAAGUUGGGUGAAUUUUUGGCCCAUUCCUCCUGACAGAGCUGGUGUAACUGAGUCAGGUUUGUAGGCCUCCUUGCUCACACACGCUUUUUCAGUUCUGCCCUCAAAUUGUCUAUAUGAUUGAGGUCAGGGCUUUGUGAUAGCCACUCCAAUAACUUGACUUUGUUGUCCUUAAGCCAUCUUGCCACAACUUUGGAAGUAUGCUUGGGAUCAUUGUCCAUUUGGAAGACCCAUUUGCGACCAAGCUUUAACUUCCUGACUGAUGUCUUGAGAUGUUGCUUCAAUAUAUCCACAUAAUUUUCCUCCCUCUAGAUGUAAUCUAUUUUGUGAAGUGCACCAGGCCCUCCUGCAGCAAAGCACCCCCACAACAUGAUGCUGCCACCCCCGUGCUUCACGGUGGGGAUGGUGUUCUUCGGCUUGCAAGCCUCCCCCUUUUUCCUUCAAACAUAAUGAUGGUCAUUAUGGCCAAACAGUUCUAUUUUUGUUUCAUCAGAGCAGAGGACAUUUCUCCAAGAAAUACGAUCUUUGUCCCCAUGUGCAGUUGCAAACCGUAAUCUGGCUUUUUUAUGGCGGUUUUGGAGCAGUGGCUUCCUUGUCCGAGCAGCCUUUCAGAUUAUGUGGAUAUAGAUACUUUUGUACCUGUUUCCUUCAGCAUCUUCACAAGGUCCUUUGCUGCUGUUCUGGGAUUGAUUUGCACUUUUCACACCAAAGUACGUUCAUCUAUAGGAGACACAACGCGUCUCCUUCCUUGAGCGGUAUGACGGUUGCGUUUUUUUUCUGAUGUCUUGGCUGAUUUCUUUUGAUUUUCCCAUGAUGUCAAGCAAAGAGGCACUGAGUUUGAAGGUAGGUCUUGAAAUACACAGGUACAUUUCCAAUUGACUCAAAUGAUGUCAACUAGCCUAUCAGAAGCUUCUAAAGCCAUGACAUCCUUUUCUGGAAUUUUCCAAGCUAUUUUAAAGGCACAGUCAACUUAGUGUAUGUUAACUUCUGACCCACUGGAAUUGUGAUACAGUGAAUUAUAAAUUAAAUCAUCUGUCUGCAAACAAUUGUUGGAAAAAAUGAUUUAUGUCAUGCACAAAGUAGAUGUCCUAACCGACUUGCCAAAACUAUAGUUUGUUUACAAGACAUUUGUGGUUGAAAAACUAGUUUUAAUGGCUCCACCCUAAGUGUAUGUUAACUUCCGACUUCAACUGUAUAAACUAGGCAGUGUCAGAGGAAGGUCCUAAAAAUUGUCAGACUCCAGCCACCCUAGACAGACUGUUCUCUCUUUUACCGCAUGGCAAGUGGUACCGGAGCGCCAAGUCCAGGUCCAAAAUGCUUCUUAACAGCUUCUACCCCCAAGCCAUAGGACUCCUGAAUAAUUAAUCAAAUGGGCACUCAGACUAUUUGCAUUGUCCCCCACCACAACACACACAGUCACUUUAGCCCUACUUACAUGUACAAAUUACCAUGACUAACCUGUACCUCCACACAUUUACACAAUACCGGUACCCCCUGUAUAUGGCCUUAUUGUUAUUUUAUUGUGUAAAAAAAAAAUCAUUAACUUUUUUAUUUAGUUAGUUUCAUAACUCUAUUUUCUAAACUGCAUUGUUGGUUAAGGGCUUGUAAGUAAGCAUUUAAGGUAAGGUCUACCUACACCUGUUGUAUUUGGCAUAUGUGACAAAUACAAUUUUAUUUUAUUUUACCAUAGGGUGGAGAGAAAUGUUUGCCGUUUUUAAUGAUAUCUGGGUGAGACUGAAUAACAAAAUCAAUGGAGCCCCCCCCCCCCAGACCGUAAUUCGACCAUGAUAACAAGUUUAAAUGGCUGGCCGCUAAACUAAUUUAGCAAUCUAAAAAUCUUAGCUGACAUUGGUUAAUUGAGUGACUAUCAAAUUGUAUUAGUCACAUGCGUUGAAUACAACAGUGAAAUGCUUACUUACGAGACCCUAACCGACAGUGCAGUUAAAAAACAUACGGAUGAGAAUAAGAGAUAAAAGUAACAAGUAAUUAAAGACUGACAAAAGGGAAACAGGCCAUUUUCGAAAUUGCAACUAUUCUAUCUUACAAGAAUAUAUUUGUAUUUAUUUUGUAUGUAAAAAAGCGGGCCGCCAGUUGCCCAUCCCUGAUUUGCAUGAUAACAAAUCAUGACGGCUGGAAAUCCCUUAAGGCAAAUGGUAAUCUUGCUGACUCCAUACAGACCUUUCUCUGUCACUAAGAUGUCAUAAACAGAGCCUGACUAAAGAGAAAGGGAUGAUAAUAAUAAUGUAUCUCCACCGUAAUGUAAACUCAGCAACAACAAAAAAGAAACAUUCCUUUUUCAGGACCCUGUCUUUCAAAGAUAAUUUGUAAAAUUCCAAAUAACUUCACAGAUCUUCAUUGUAAAGGGUUUAAGCACUGUUUCCCAUGCAUGUUCAAUGAACCAUGAACAAUGAACAUGUACCUGUGGAACAGUCGUUUUCUUUUUUUGCUGAGUUUAGGUAUGUUGAGGACUAAGUAUCCGCUUCCACAAGUGUUAGCGUCCACCUUGAUAUUUUACCAAAAACGACCUACCUCCCUGUGCAUGA